UUGGAAGGAGGGGGCGGCGACGUUAGGAGGGCGCCCGCGUGCUCAUGGGAGGCUGAGGGCGCCUAGUGACCUUCGCACGUGCCGGGACGCCGGUUACAGGCUUCUCACGUUGGAUUCUCAGAAUAUAGCAGCCUUGCGCCAAAGGGAGUGAGAGCGCCACGGCCGUGGCUGCUUCGCUCUCCCGUCCUGCCCUGUAUUGGGUUGGAUAGAGACAUAGCACAUCCAUCUCUAGAGGAGGAGAAGAGAAAGCACAAAAAGAAACGUCUGGUGCAGAGUCCAAAUUCCUACUUUAUGGAUGUAAAGUGUCCAGGAUGCUACAAGAUCACCACAGUGUUCAGCCAUGCUCAGACAGUGGUUCUGUGUGUUGGGUGCUCAACUGUGUUGUGCCAGCCUACUGGAGGAAAGGCCAGGCUUACAGAAGGUUGCUCAUUUAGAAGAAAGCAACAUUGAAUGCUCCCUUUGCCAACAUGACUCAUGUUAUAUGCUCCUGGAAGCCUUAUCUGUUCAAAAAUGUCAGUUAAUCUAACAAGUUAAUUGUUCAACUUUGUAAGAAACACUAGUAGUUACCUGGUGUUUGUUCCCUGCCCCCCCAAUAAAACGUCUUAAUGUGCAGAUUUUUCCUGGAAGUCUAUGGGUAAUUGAGCUCUAUUUUUAUAGCUUUUUAUUACUGUAUUUUGAAUGGGUGAUGCCAUUCCACACAAGAAUCGGAACUUAAGACUUGCUGCACACUGUUUUGUUAAUUAUAAACUGACUAAUCACCACUGCUAUAUCAGCUAUAGAAAUGAAAGGCAAGUGCCUGUGCACUUACAAAUGGAGAUUGCUGUAGGAAUACAUUUCCUAUAUUUAAGCUUUUUUUUUUUUAAUGCCACUGUUGUGAUACAUGGGGUUAAAAUUGCUCGAUGGGUAUAUAAAGCAAACACUUUUCCAUAGGAAAACUGGAAAGCAUUCUCUAUGCAUAGGGGAUAUGGUAUAUGAACAAAUACCUAUUAGAGAGCUGUGAAUGGCAUCCAGUCACAAGGAAAUGAAUAAAAUUCAAUUCAAAAAACUAGUUCCAUUCUGUGACAGGGUUAAUCUAGAAAAUAAAGUAUCUUGGUAUAAUGCUUGUUAAGUCUAGUAAAUUGCUCUUAAAGAGGUUUUAUCCUGUUAUAAGACCACGAACUAGCAUUUUAAAUUCUGAAAAGAUAUUAUGCAUAACAAUUAACCAGUUCACCUGAGCAAGAAAAAAAAUUGGUUGGCUUUUGUUCUUAAAAGGACUGCUUCUCUUUCUAAAUUGCCAUGGAAUACUAACAGAAUUGACAUUUCAGUUAUUUCUUUACAUGGUAAGCCAUGUAAACAGUGCAUUCUUAAAUCUGUAUCUUAAGAAGAAUAAUUUUAUAGUAAUGUCUUGACUUAUAUGUAAACAGAACUUUUUUCAAAAUUGCAUAAAUUAAGUAUGUCUUCUUGUCAUUUGACUGGCAUUGGAAAUUUUGUCUUUUCCAAUUGAAACUGUAUUCUUUUGUGGUAAGAGCAUGAUGUCAGCUUAAAAUCAAUAAAAAAUAAUGCUUGAUACUGUA